AUGUGAAAAAUGUAGUAGAAAUUGCUAGAAGAUCUACUGAUUCAGAAUCAGGUGACAGAAAUUCACAUAACACAUGUGAUCAACAAGUUUCGACAGAAAAAAUAGUGAACAUCGAUGCAAAUAACACACUCACCUCUGAUUGUGGGAAAGCCUCUUUUGACAAAACUAAUCCAGAAGAAAAAGGCAAAAAUAAUGAGGCAGUACAAGAGAUAGAUAAGAAUGAGAAAGAAGAUGAUGUUAUAUCAAUAAAUGAGGAAGAGAAUCUGAAGUAUAUGAUCAAAAGUGAAAAAAGCAAUGAGCAUGAGAUAGCACAAAGCGCAAAUAUGAUGUCAAUCGAAAAUGAAAGAGGUGUAAAAGUUAAUAUAACUCCAAAUUCUGAUGAAGGCCAAAUUUCUGAGGAUA